UUUCCAAAUUUGGUUGGCGAUGAAAGCGAAAGUGAUGCGGAGAAUCGUUUCAAUACAUUCGAUCCGCUAAUUAAAAUUAGAUGUUCGUCGCAGUUGAAAUUUUUUUUAUGUUCAGUAUAUUUCCCGAUGUGCACUGAUAAGGUGCCAAUCGCUAUUGGUCCAUGCCGACCGCUAUGUGAACGAGUUCAAAUGAAAUGUGAACCGCUUCUUAAAGAAUUCGGAUUUCCGUGGCCACCUUCAAUGAAUUGUUCAAAAUUCCCGCUAGAAAAUAAUCAUGAUGCGAUGUGCAUGAAAGGACCAACUUCUGAUGAAGAAAUUCCAAUUGCAAAUGAAGAACCAGAAUAUGAACAAGUUGAGAAUAAUAUUCCAAGUACCACUAUGAGAUGCACCCAACCAAAUACUAUAUAUAUGAAUCGCACUGGUCACUGCGUACCGCUAUGCCAAUCAAAUCAUGGAUAUACGACAGAGGAUCGAGAAAGUGCAAGUGCAGCGUUAUUUAUAAUGUCGUUAAUUUGUAUAGCACUAACAUCAGUUUGCCUCCUGACGUUUUGCACUCGACGAAAUUGUUUAACUGCACUUCCAGAACUCUCAUUAUUUUUUUCCUCGCUAUCGUUUUGUAUUUCUGCUAUUAUUUACCUAUUUUCGCUACUUUAUAGAAAUCAAAUUUCUUGUAUGGUUUACACAUCAAAGAGUGUAUUCGUUGUAUCCGGCAUGCAACAUAUACCAUGUACAACAGUCGCCAUAUUACUCUAUUAUUUUGGUACCACUGGUAGACUUUGGUGGUUUUUUUUAUGUUGCACAUGGAAUAAACAUGCGCAAAGAAAUCAACAACACUUAGAUGCUUUAGUGUUAAGAUCGCAUGUAUUAGCAUGGGGUAUACCAUUAGGCGCCGUAAUGUUAGCAUUGAUGGCGCAAUCGAUCUAUGCAGAUCCGUUAUCAGGAAUAUGUUUAGUAGGUGGUGGAAAUCGAGUAAUUGAAGUAGUAUUUAUUUCACUUCGAGAACUCAUUUUGCUGCUUUGCUGCCUUGUUCCAUUAUUUUUUGGAUGCUUAACACUUAUAGGAUCAGCACCAGCAAAUGAUCAUUCAGUGGCAUCUUCCGGUCUUCUAGGAAGUAUUUAUCCAAUGGCAGCUUCAUUCUUAUUGCUCAGUUCAUUGCAAUACCUUCUUUCGCCUAAUAUUAGUGGCUGGAAUACCGUUACUGCUGUCAAAUUGCUAGCAGAUCCUCUUUUAGGAGUUCUUUCAUCAGCCGGAUGUCUUAUUCAAAUUCUUUUCAAUAUAUUCAAAGCAAAUCGGUCACCUCUUCUAGGCAAAUACGGAUAUCAACCAGCGGUGCCUCAAAUACCUCAACCACCAAUCCCUGUUUCAGCUUACUCAGUGGCACGAUAUCAAGAACAACGACCAUUUUGUUAA